AACUGUCCAUGCCGAUAAAUCCUUUCAAGAGAGACACUUCGAAAAAUACAUCAAAUAUAAACCUCAGCCCUCAACCUGACUCCAUCACCACCCUCCCAUCAGUUUCAUCGUCAACGUCUUCUCAUCUUGAUAUCUACAAGACAUCAAGCCGCUGACAUCACACAAAAUGCAGCCCUUCCAAGAGAAACGCAACAGGCUCAGCACCCUCAAGGGCGAAGAGUACUUCGAACUCCUGGACGAGAUCCGCCAGGAUGACGAAUGGUACAAGGAACUGCGGGAUGUAGUGGCAGGCAACAUCAGCCACAGCGACAGCAGACUCAACCGCAUCUGCACGGUCCCCGCGGAACAUCUCAGCCCAGAGAAGCACAUUCUCGACCCGGCAGUGCUACGUAGCGUUGUCCCCGUCGAAUACGAUGGCCGGGCCGUGGAUGUAGAGAUCGCGGGCUGGGCGGUCUUCGAGGCCACAGGACUCGCCAUCUUGACCCGAGUGUAUAAUAUCCCCGGCAUCUAUGGCACCAACCAGGACUUCCUGCCCGACGGGCGCCGAUGCUGGACUGUGAUGCAGUACAAGGGCACCAAGCUGAACCCGGAGCGGUUUCCACAGCUCCUGCGCGAGGCAGACUGGUUUAUUAUCCCUAACGGUGAGUCAACUCCUGUGACUGACUUGGAAGGGGAUGAAGAUGGGAAGGCGCAAUCUGACAGUGAUCAGAUAAACGACCAGGUUCCCAAGUCCAAGGAGACUCCUGAUGGUACCGGAGCAGAGCGCAGUCUCGUGUUCAGAUUGCGCAAGAAAGCUUUGCCGAUCCGUCAGAAACGCUCGCGCGGAGCCUAAGCUUGACUGACUCCGGAUUCUUACAGACAAAGCAUACGAUGAUGCUCUCAUGAUAUGAAAUAUCAGAUGGAUUUGUGCGCUCGCCGUUCAUGUUCAUCUUCUUGUGCAUUAUGGUAGUUUCCUUUCCCCAAAUAUCAUAUUCAAUCACCAACACACUUCCCUGUUUUAGUGCACUCUCUUACCAUUUAGGAGCCAUCUGCCGUCAUUUUCUCUUGUGUUUCUUGCGGCAUUGACCAGAGCAUGUGCUGUUUAAAAAGUGCUGUCAAAAAUA